CCCCUUCUCGCGCCCGACACUUGGUUUGCGCGGCGGCCGGGUCGGGCCGGGCGGCUGGGGGAUGGCGGCGGCCGGCACCUCCGGGAGCGGGAUGGCGCAGAAGAGCUGGGAACUGGCCAACAACAUGCAGGAGGCGCAAAGCAUCGACGAGAUUUACAAGUACGACCGCAAGCAGCAGCAGGAGAUCCUGGCGGCCAAGCCCUGGACCAAGGACAACCACUACUUCAGAUACUGCAAGAUUUCGGCUCUGGCCCUGCUGAAGAUGGUCAUGCACGCCCGGUCUGGAGGCAAUCUGGAAGUAAUGGGGCUGAUGCUUGGGAAAGUGGAUGGGGAAACUAUGAUUAUCAUGGACAGCUUCGCUUUACCUGUAGAAGGCACUGAAACCCGAGUCAAUGCUCAGGCCGCUGCAUAUGAAUAUAUGGCUGCAUAUAUUGAAAAUGCAAAACAGGUUGGUCGUCUAGAAAAUGCAAUUGGUUGGUACCACAGCCACCCUGGCUACGGCUGCUGGCUUUCAGGAAUUGAUGUUAGUACUCAGAUGCUUAAUCAGCAAUUUCAGGAACCGUUUGUUGCGGUGGUCAUUGAUCCAACAAGAACAAUAUCUGCAGGAAAAGUAAAUCUUGGAGCUUUUAGAACAUAUCCCAAGGGCUUUAAGCCUCCAGAUGAAGGUCCUUCAGAAUACCAGACUAUUCCACUUAAUAAAAUAGAAGACUUUGGUGUGCACUGUAAACAGUAUUAUGCUUUAGAAGUCUCCUACUUCAAAUCCUCUUUGGAUCGUAAAUUGCUUGAACUAUUGUGGAACAAAUAUUGGGUGAACACACUCAGUUCUUCUAGUUUGCUUACUAAUGCUGACUACACAACUGGCCAAGUCUUUGAUUUGUCUGAAAAGUUAGAGCAAUCAGAAGCCCAGCUAGGCCGAGGGAGUUUUAUGUUGGGUUUAGAGACACAUGACAGAAAAUCAGAAGACAAACUUGCUAAAGCAACAAGGGACAGUUGCAAGACCACCAUAGAAGCUAUACAUGGAUUGAUGUCUCAGGUUAUUAAGGAUAAACUGUUUAAUCAGAUUAAUAUUGCUUGAAGUCCAUCGCCAGCUGAUAUACAUCUACAAGACAGAAAAAGUCAUGGUUAUUUUUUUUGGAUAUGUUCAGUUUUGGUUUUAAAGUAAGAAUGGGAAAUGAUUCAGUUUAAUUUGUAGUACAUUAAAUCAUUUUUCCCACCUUUUUGCCCAGUUUUGAAGAACAGAAUGUUUUGAAAUCUAUUGAAAAUUUGUUCUCUAUGGUAAAACACAAUCCUUUUGGAUAUUUGUAUCAAAAGAAAAGUAAAUGUGACGAUGCUGCUCUUUUAGUAUUCGUUUAUCAGUCUGCAAUAAAAAAAUUUUAAAUGAGCAAGUUAUUUUUUGUAAACACUUACCUCUAUCAUUUCAUUAUUUUGUGCUGUUUUACCAGAACAAUUGUGCUAAAUCAUCUAUCUUACAAAGACAAUAAAGCUAAUUUGAGGAAUUCCAUUUUUAUUUAGAACAUACUUUCCAACUCUUCAAUUUUAAAAACAUGAAUCCUUCUAGAUUAUUUUUAAGCAGAAUUCUAUUUGAAACAUUAAUAACUUAUUUUUGCAGAUUGAUCCAGUGGGGUCUAUUGUCAUUCAUGUAUUGUAAAAAUAUCUUGCAACCACACAGUGAAAUUUAUUUGCUUAUACACUACUGUGUUUCAUAGAAUAGAGUGAAAGAAAGUGAAGGGAGCGAUAGAAUUAUUAAUACAAUAUACCUUAAUGUCAUCCAGAUAGGACUAGAGUUUAGAAAUUAAAAUGAAUUUAUUCUUUACAUACAGUUUCAACAGUUAUGAAAGAACAAUAAUUCAGUGUUUGGAAGUCCUGAUGUAACUCUGUGUGUCUAAUAAAAUAUCAUUGACCUCCUUAUGAAUAAGACAAUUAUGACAAAAUGUAUGUGCUAAAAUCAAAAUAAACAUCCAGAAAAAGAUGUGCAGUUGAAAUAUUAGGCUUCUGUGAACUUUUUCUUUUUGUAUUAAAAAGUUUAAAGUCUUAAUAAAUUAUCAUGCUUGAGAGGAUUUCCCUGUAUGUAUUUAAUGCACUGUAUAUCAAAGCAUUUGACUAAAAAUAAGCUGAUUUGAUUUAAAAAAAAAAAAAAA